AAGUAACCUUUGACCUAACGGAUAUGGUUUAAUGUUUAGACGGUUUCCGCUAGUCGAACUACAGUGAUUUAGGAAAGUCGGAAAUAUCUAAAGAAGAUUGGAUAUUAGUGGCACGGAAGUAAAUGGACUCUUCAGCCAAAAGUGAAAGUCCCAGUCCUGCACAUAGAGAACACAAAGAGCCAUCAGAAGAUGAGUCCAAUCAAGCAGCAGCGAUACCCCAACAGGCCGGUGUGGCAGAGAGAAACCCCGAAAAGCGAUCCUCUCCUCAGUCCGGUCCCACAGGCUCUAAGAGUCCUGCCCCCUGCAGCUCCGACAGCAGAAACAGUGAGGAUGAGGAGGAACAUCAAGAUGCACUGCAGAAGAUUAGGAGCAGUGUGGCUCAGAUAAAUACAUCCAGAUCCAAAGAGAAGGACAAAUCUUCAUCCAGGGAAAAAGACAGAUCUCAUUCUAGAGAACGGGACAGGUCCCGGUCCAGAGAGAGGGACAGGUCCCGGUCCAGAGAGAGGGACAGGUCCCGGUCCAGAGAGCGAGACAGGUCCCGGUCCAGAGAGAGAGACAGGUCCCGGUCCAGAGAAAGAGUCAGAGCUCGAUCCAGAGGACGAGACAGAUCCAGGUCAAGAGAGAGAGACCGAAACACGGAACGCUUUGAUAGAAGACGUUUUGGUCGUGGUCGCUACGACGAUAGGCGUGAUGACAGAGAUGGCCGUUUUGAUCGACGCGCCAAUAGAGACGAAGAGUCGGAUUACAGGAGGCGGGGCCGCUCUGCUUCUCCAAAUGCUAAGGAACCUGUAGCAGCUGAUGAGCCGCCAGUUAAGAAGAAGAAAGAGGAGCUGGAUCCAAUCCUGACAAGGACUGGAGGCGCUUACAUCCCUCCUGCCAAGCUGCGCAUGAUGCAGCAGCAAAUCACGGACAAGAGCAGCCUGGCCUAUCAGAGGAUGAGCUGGGAAGCUCUGAAGAAGUCCAUCAAUGGUCUGAUCAAUAAAGUCAACGUGUCCAACAUCGUCAACAUAAUCCAGGAGCUUCUGCAGGAAAAUAUUGUCAGGGGGAGGGGUCUGCUGGCUCGUUCCGUGCUGCAGGCUCAGGCAGCUUCUCCCAUCUUCACUCACGUCUACGCUGCCGUGGUGGCCAUCAUCAACUCAAAGUUCCCUCAGAUCGGAGAGCUGAUCCUCAAAAGGCUCAUUUUAAACUUCAGGAGGAGUUACCGUAGGAACCUCAAGCAACAGUGCCUGACCGCCUCAAAGUUUGUGGCUCAUCUCAUCAACCAGAACGUGGCUCACGAGGUUUUGUGUUUGGAGAUGCUCACUCUGCUGCUGGAGCGCCCCACUGAUGACAGCGUGGAGGUCGCCAUCUCCUUCCUGAAGGAGUGUGGCCUCAAGCUGACGGAGGUCUCCCCCCGAGGAAUCAAUGCCAUAUUUGAGCGUCUCAGGAAUAUCCUCCACGAAUCCUCCAUUGACAAAAGGGUCCAGUACAUGAUAGAGGUGAUGUUUGCCAUCAGGAAAGAUGGCUUCAAAGAUCAUCCAGUCAUCACUGAAGGUCUGGACCUGGUGGACGAAGAUGACCAGUUCACCCACAUGCUGCCGCUGGACGACGAGUACAACCCAGAGGACAUCCUCAAUGUGUUUAAGUUGGACCCAGAUUUCCUGGAGAACGAGGAGAAAUACAAAACUAUUAAAAGAGAUAUCCUGGAUGAGGGCAGCAGCGAUUCAGGCGAAGAGGGAGAUGACAGCGAAGAGGAUGACGACAAUGAAGAUGAGAACGAGGAGGAAGGAGAAGAUGAGAAGGUGACCAUUUUUGACAAGACAGAGGUCAACCUGGUAGCUUUCAGGAGAACCAUUUAUCUCGCUAUUCAAUCCAGCUUGGACUUUGAGGAGUGUGCUCACAAACUGAUUAAAAUGGACUUUCCUGAGAGCCAGACAAAGGAGCUGUGUAAUAUGAUCCUGGACUGCUGCGCUCAGCAGAGGACCUACGAGAAGUUCUUUGGUCUUCUGGCCGGGAGGUUCUGUUUGUUGAAGAAGGAGUACAUGGAGAGUUUUGAGGUGAUAUUUUCAGAGCAGUACGACACGAUCCACCGACUGGAGACCAACAAACUGAGGAACGUCGCCCGACUGUUUGCUCAUCUGCUCUUCACGGACUCCAUACCAUGGAGUGUGUUGGAGUGCAUCAGGAUGAGUGAGGACACGACAACGUCAUCCAGCAGGAUUUUUGUAAAAAUCCUUUUCCAGGAGCUCUGUGCCUACAUGGGUCUGCCAAAACUCAACCAGCGGCUGAAAGACUCAACUCUACAAUCAUUCUUUGAAGGCCUUUUCCCUCGUGAUAAUCCCAGAAACACUCGCUUUGCUAUCAACUUCUUCACCUCUAUCGGUCUGGGAGGCCUGACCGAUGAGUUGAGGGAACACUUGAAGAACGCUCCAAAGAUGAUCAUGACUCAGAACCAGGAAGUUGAAUCCUCCGACUCCUCCUCGUCAUCAUCCUCUUCCUCUGACUCCUCUUCAGACUCCUCCAGCGAAUCAGACUCCUCAGACUCCUCCUCCAGCAGCAGCAGCAGCUCAGACUCUGAUGACAAACAUAAAAAGAAGAGAAAAGGCCGAAGUGAGGAGAAAAAGAAGAGGGAGAAGAGGAAGGAGAAACCUGACAAGCGUGGGGGUGGACGCAAGAACGACAAGGACAGAGACGAGGGUGAGAAGCAGUCGGGGAAAGACAAGAGAACCCGUGUGCGUGAUUUGGACGAACGCUCACGUGAGGAUACCCGGUGGAGAAGACGAGAUGAAAGGCCAGAGGAAGAUGAGCGGCGUAAGGAGGAGGAGGAGAGGAGGCGAAAAAUUGACCAUCAAAGAGACAGCGAGAGGGAGAGGGAGAGAGACAGAGGGAGAGACAGGGAAGGAGUGAGGGAGAGAGAGAAAGAAGAGACCAGAGACAGAGAGAGGAAUAAAGAGAACAGAGACAGGAACAAAGAGCGAGAGGAGAGGAGGAGGAGGUGAACUCUUCAUCUCUCUACUGCAGCAGCCAUGAUAAACUGAUGAUUGACAGCCCUCAUCUCCUCAGCUUCUCACUUCUGAUGUGGACCUGGGACCCAUUUUUAUUUUCCUCCUUCAGUCCUUCUGUUGAAUUUAGUUGAUGAAAUGAAAGAAAAAUUAAAGUUGUAAUAGAUGUUUUUAA